UGGAGAAGACGUUUCCGGCUCGGUGCUUGGAGAGGAAAGUGACGCGGGUGAGAGCCGCGGUUUCUUCCGGGCGUCUCCGCCCCUUUGGCCCUCCGUUCCCGAGGCUCGGGCCAGACCCCGGCCGCGCUGGGACCCACAGGAAGGUGGGGCGAUGGUGCAGAUGGAGACACAACUGCAGAGCAUUUUUGAGGAGGUGGUGAAAACGGAAAUUAUAGAAGAGGCGUUCCCUGGCAUGUUUAUGGAUACCCCUGAAGAUGAAAAAACAAAACUUAUAAGCUGUUUGGGGGCCUUCAGACAGUUUUGGGCUGGUCUUUCUCAGGAGUCUCAUGAACAGUGCAUCCAGUGGAUUGUUAAAUUUGUUCAUGGCCAGCAUAGUCCUAAAAGAAUUUCUUUUCUUUAUGACUGCUUAGCAAUGGCAGUUGAGACUGGUCUUCUUCCACCCAGGAUGGUGUGUGAAUCCCUGAUAAACUCUGAUACUCUUGAAUGGGAAAGAACACAGCUUUGGGCGUUAACAUUUAAACUGGUUCGGAAAAUAAUUGGGGGAGUGGAUUACAAGGGUGUUCGAGAUCUCUUAAAGGUGAUUUUGGAGAAAAUCUUGACGAUUCCUAAUACGGUGAGCUCAGCUGUUGUACAGCAGCUUCUGGCAGCAAGAGAGGUUAUAGCAUAUAUCUUGGAAAGAAAUGCCUGUUUGUUACCAGCUUAUUUUGCAGUCACUGAGAUUAGGAAACUAUAUCCUGAAGGAAAGCUUCCACAUUGGUUACUUGGAAACCUGGUAUCAGACUUUGUGGAUACCUUCAGGCCCACAGCAAGAAUAAACUCCAUUUGUGGUCGCUGCAGUCUUCUGCCAGUUGUAAAUAACUCAGGCGCCAUUUGUAACUCAUGGAAAUUGGACCCUGCAACUCUUCGUUUUCCUUUGAAAGGCCUUUUGCCAUAUGAUAAGGAUCUGUUUGAACCACAGACUGCUUUGUUGAGAUAUGUAUUGGAGCAGCCUUAUUCCAGGGAUAUGGUCUGCAAUAUGCUAGGUUUAAAUAAGCAGACCUUGAACAUUGCUCAGCACAAGCAGCGCUGCCCUGUGCUGGAGGACCAGCUGGUGGAUCUGGUGGUUUAUGCUAUGGAGCGAUCGGAGACUGAGGAGAAGUUCGACGAUGGGGGAACAAGCCAGCUCCUGUGGCAGCAUCUCUCGAGUCAGCUCAUUUUCUUUGUGCUUUUCCAGUUUGCAAGUUUUCCACAUAUGGUUCUUUCUCUUCAUCAGAAGUUAGCAGGGCGAGGACUUAUUAAAGGCCGAGAUCAUCUGAUGUGGGUUCUGCUGCAGUUCAUUUCUGGAAGUAUUCAGAAAAAUGCACUGGCUGAUUUUCUUCCUGUUAUGAAGCUUUUUGACCUUCUGUACCCAGAGAAAGAAUGUAUCCCGGUUCCUGAUAUUAACAAACCCCAGUCAACUCAUGCCUUUGCAAUGACUUGUAUUUGGAUUCAUCUCAAUAGAAAAGCCCAAAACGACAACUCCAAGCUACAGAUUCCAAUACCUCAUUCCUUAAGGCUCCACCAUGAGUUCCUACAGCAGAGCCUGAGAAAUAAGAGUUUACAGAUGAAUGACUAUAAGAUUGCCCUGUUGUGUAAUGCAUAUUCCACAAAUUCAGAAUGUUUUACAUUGCCCAUGGGGGCUCUGGUAGAAACUAUUUAUGGAAAUGGAAUUAUGAGGAUACCUCUCCCUGGAACGAGCUGUUUGGCUUCAGGAUCUAUUACUCCCUUACCAAUGAACCUUCUGGAUUCACUGACAGUUCAUGCCAAAAUGAGCCUUAUUCACAGCAUUGCAACUAGGGUGAUAAAACUUGCUCAUGCAAAGUCCAGUGUGGCCUUGGCUCCAGCCCUAGUAGAAACUUACAGUCGUUUAUUGGUCUAUAUGGAAAUAGAAUCUUUGGGCAUCAAAGGAUUUAUCAGUCAGCUUUUGCCAACUGUUUUCAAGUCUCACGCAUGGGGGAUCUUACACACACUUCUCGAGAUGUUUAGCUACCGGAUGCAUCACAUUCAGCCUCAUUACAGAGUUCAGCUCCUGAGUCAUCUUCAUACUUUGGCUGCAGUGGCACAAACAAACCAGAACCAGCUUCAUCUUUGUGUCGAGAGCACUGCACUCAGGCUUAUAACAGCGUUAGGUAGCUCAGAGGUACAGCCACAGUUUACACGCUUUCUUAGCGAUCCCAAAACAGUGCUGUCAGCGGAAUCUGAAGAACUGAACCGAGCCUUGAUAUUGACCUUAGCUAGAGCAACGCAUGUGACAGAUUUUUUUACAGGGUCUGAUUCAAUUCAGGGAACUUGGUGUAAAGACAUACUUCAGACCAUCAUGAGUUUUACUCCUCAUAAUUGGGCUUCACACACCCUAAGCUGCUUUCCAGGCCCACUACAGGCAUUCUUCAAACAGAAUAAUGUACCUCAGGAAAGCCGUUUUAAUCUGAAAAAGAAUGUGGAGGAGGAGUACAGGAAGUGGAAGUCCAUGAGCAAUGAAAAUGACAUCAUUACCUACUUUUCUAAGCAAGGCUCACCACCCCUCUUCCUUUGUCUUCUCUGGAAAAUGCUCUUGGAAACAGAUCAUAUUAAUCAGAUUGGCUAUAGAGUAUUAGAGAGAAUUGGAGCCAGGGCGUUGGUAGCCCAUGUGAGAACGUUUGCAGAUUUCUUGGUAUAUGAGUUCUCUACGUCAGCUGGGGGUCAGCAACUCAACAAAUGCAUUGAGAUUCUUAAUGACAUGGUAUGGAAGUACAACAUUGUUACAUUGGACAGAUUAAUUCUCUGCCUGGCCAUGCGUAGCCAUGAAGGAAAUGAAGCCCAAGUUUGUUAUUUCAUAAUUCAGUUGCUGUUACUCAAGCCAAAUGAUUUCAGAAAUCGAGUAAGUGACUUUGUGAAGGAAAAUUCCCCAGAGCACUGGCUACAGAACGACUGGCAUACCAAGCACAUGAAUUAUCACAAGAAAUAUCCAGAGAAGCUGUAUUUUGAGGGCCUGGCGGAACAGGUUGAUCCUCCUAUACAGAUCCAGUCUCCCUAUCUGCCCAUCUAUUUUGGAAAUGUGUGUCUCCGAUUCCUUCCAGUAUUUGAUAUAGUUAUCCACAGAUUUUUAGAGUUGCUUCCAGUAUCCAAAUCACUGGAAACUCUACUGGAUCACCUAGGCGGCUUGUAUAAAUUUCAUGAUCGUCCAGUGACUUAUUUGUAUAAUACACUGCACUAUUACGAAAUGCACCUGCGAGAGCGCCCAACUCUCAAACGUAAACUUGUCCACGCAAUCAUUGGGUCACUCAAGGAUAAUCGACCACAGGGCUGGUGUCUAAGUGACACUUACCUGAAGAGUGCUAUGAAUGCACGAGAAGACAAUCCUUGGAUCCCAGAUGACUCUUACUAUUGCAGAUUGAUUGGGAGACUAGUAGAUACUAUGGCUGGCAAAUCUCCUGGCCCAUUCCCAAACUGUGACUGGAGAUUCAACGAGUUUCCCAACCCGGCUGCCCAUGCUCUGCAUGUUACUUGUGUGGAGCUCAUGGCCUUGGCUGUUUCAGGCAAAGAUGUUGGAAAUGCCCUUCUAAAUGUUGUCCUGAAAAGUCAGCCUUUAGUGCCAAGAGAGAACAUUACGGCAUGGAUGAAUGCAAUUGGAUUGAUCAUCACUGCCCUACCAGAACCAUAUUGGAUUGUCCUUCAUGAUCGAAUUGUGCAUGUUAUCAGCAGUCCCAGCUUGACAUCUGAGACAGAAUGGGUUGGCUAUCCCUUCCGCCUCUUUGAUUUCACUGCUUGUCAUCAGUCCUACUCCGAGAUGAGCUGUAGCUAUACGUUAGCUCUAGCACAUGCUGUGUGGCACCAUUCUAGCAUUGGGCAACUUUCUCUCAUUCCAAAAUUUCUCACCGAAGUACUUCUUCCUAUAGUGAAGACUGAAUUCCAGUUGCUUUACGUAUACCAUCUUGUAGGACCGUUUUUACAAAGAUUUCAGCAAGAGAGAACUCGAUGUAUGAUAGAGAUUGGUGUGGCAUUUUAUGACAUGCUGCUGAAUGUAGACCAGUGUAGCGCCCAUUUAAAUUACAUGGAUCCCAUCUGUGACUUCUUAUAUCAUAUGAAGUAUAUGUUUACCGGUGACAGCGUAAAAGAGCAGGUAGAGAAGAUCAUCUGUAAUUUAAAACCAGCUUUAAAGCUUCGUCUUCGAUUUAUCACCCACAUUAGCAAGAUGGAACCAGCCGCAGUGCCUCCACAAGGCUUGAAUAGUGGGUCUCCAGCACCACAGCCUAAUCAGGUGCCGGUGUCUUUACCUGUAACACAGUGAAGCUGGGGCAUAAUGUGGCGAAAAUGGAAAUAUACCCAUCUUUGCAAGUGGACUUAGAUCUAUGAAAUCUGAACGUGAUCACACUACAUAAUGAUGUAGCAGAAGCAGCAAUGACGUUCAGAUUGUUUUAUUUUGAUUCAAUAGUGAAUCUAUUGAAACCUUAUAACUCCCUAGCUGUAUUUUUGUCUCUAAGAGAUCAAGUCAGCUACAGUCUGUUCAUAUCCGUAACAAUUUAUUAGAGCUACAUAAUGUUAUCCAUGAUCAAAUCACUUUUACUAGGCAUUCUUAAUCGUCCUACUUUAGCCAUUGUUUUGUUUUUAUUUUUUUAUUAAUGACAGAUUCAGUAUUUAAAUACCUUUUUUAAAAGUACCACAACAUGUACAACAGUUAGUUAUUAAAACUCUUUUAUAUAUAAAUCUGUUUUGGUGUGUCUGGGAUGCUUACCAGAUAAAGGACUCUAGAUUUCAUUGCACUGUGGGAGCAAAUGUGGUUUCCUAUUCUUUCUUAAAUGGCUUAAAUUUUUUAUUGUAACCUUCCAAGUAAAUGAUCUAAUGUUUCUGUCAAGGUAGAUUGGCAAUAUUUUGCCUUUGCUGUGGACUUGAACGUACUUUAGGAAAUGAGUUGGAGGCCAUGUAAGAAAAUAACAUCUCUGGAAAUGUAUAAACUUAAAUAAAGCCAGGCUUAAAUGAUUGAAUCUUCAAUCUCUGUUUUUAAAAAUAAAUUAAUUGCUGUUCUAGGUUGACACUUUCACCUGUCAAAUAAUGUGAUUUUUUGACUAUUUAUAAUCUUAAAACUUUUAAAAAAUGUAUUUUUAACUAUUGUGCUCAUUUUAGUUCUUUAGGGUUUAUUAGAUUUUGAGAGACAUACUGUUAAUUUAGGGAAGAUUGGAAAAUAGUAAAAAUCCGUUGAAUGAAUAAACUAUAUGAUUUCUUUCAUACUUAAUUUGAAUGAGUGUCUGCUGGCUGGAUUACAACAUAGAACUGUGCUGUAUCCAUAGGUCAGACACACCACAGUUGAUGACUAGGCAUAGACUUAGCAGUUAAUAUAUUUUUUUAAUUAGUUAAGUUUAACCAACUAUACUUCAGAUUAUUUCCAAAUAUAUUCCUCCUAAAAACCUUUACCCUUUGCCAUCAAGUUGAUUGUGACUCACAGCGACCCUGUAAGAUAGAGUAGAGCUGCCUCAUAGGGUUUCUAAGGAGGUGCUGGUGGAUUUGAACUGCCGACCUUUCGGUUAGCAGCCAUAGUUCUUUAAACACCAUGCCACCAGGGCUCCAUAUUCCUCCUAGACCUUUAUUUUCUUUAUAGGUCAUAUUAUUGCAAUCACUCAGGAUAAAUCUUUAUUUGCCAGACAAGCCCUGCUUGAAAUUUAUAUAAUGUCAUAAGUAAUUUUUUCAGACUAACCAUAUUCUCAAAAUUCUCCAGAAGCUUUAUGCUUCAAAUGAUUUCAAGAAUUAUUCUCAACAUAGUCUCAAUAUAUUCUUGUGCCUCAAGAGGAAUAUAUAGCUUUGAAAUCCUAGAAUGGGAAUAAUUAUGACACUGAUAAUUUGUUGUUGUUAGGUGCCACCUGGUCGGUUCCGACUCAUAGUGGCCUUCUGUACAACAAAAUGAAACAUGCGCCAUCUACACAGCCAUUGUCAUGCUUAAGCCCAUUGUCGCAGCCACUGUGUUAGUCCAUCUCAUUAAGGGUCUUCCUCCUUUUUGCUGACCCUCUUCUUUACCAGGCGUGAUGUCCUUCUCCAGGGACAUACCCCUCCUGGUAACAUCUUCAAAGUAUGUGAGAGGAAGCCUCACCAUCCUUGCUUCUAAAGAGCAUUCUGGCUGUACUUCCAAGACAGAGUUGUUCAUUCUUCUGGCAGUUCAUGGUGUUUUCAAUAUUCUUCACCAACAGCAUAAUUCAAAGUCAUCAAUUCUUCUUCUGUCUUCCUUAUUCAUUGUCCAGCUUUCACAUACCUAUGAGGCAAUUAAAAAUACCAUGACUUGGGUCAGUCACACCUUACUCUUCAAGAUGACAUCUUUGCUUUUCAACACUUCAAAGAAGUCUUUUGCCACACAUUUGCCCAGUACAGUGCAUCUUUUGAUUUCUUGACUGCUGCUCCCAUGGGCAUUGAUUGUGGAUCCAAGUAAAAUGAAAUCCUUGACAACUUUAAUAUUUUCUGUUUUUCAUCAUGUUGCUUAUUGGUCCAGUUGUGAAGAUUUUUGUUUUCUUUAUGUUGAGGUGUAGUCCAUACUGAAGGCUGUGGUCUUUGAUCUUCAUCAGUUAAGUACUUCAGGUCCUCUUUGAUUUCAGCGAGCAAGAUUGUAUCAUCUGUGUAUCACAGGUUGUUAAUGAGUCUUCCUCCAAUCCUGAUGCCCUGUUCUUCUUCAUAUAGUCCACCUUCUUAGAUUAUUUGCCCAGCACACAGAUUGAAUAAGUAUGGUGAAAGAUUACAACCCUGUAAUCCACACCUUUCUUGACUUCAAUCCACACAGUAUCCCUUUGUCCUAUUCGAACAACUGCCUCUUGGUUUAUGUACAGGUUCCUCAUGAGCACAGUUAAGUGUUCUGGAAUUCCCAUUCUUCGCAAUAUUAUCCAUGAUUUGUUAUGAUCCACACAGCCGAAUGCCUUUUCAUAGUUAAUAAAACACAGUUAAACAUCUUUCUGAUGUUCUCUGCUUUAGCCAUGAUCCAUCUGGCAUCAGCAAUGAUAUCCCUUGUUCCAUGUCCUCUUCUGAAUCUCCCUUGAAUUUCUGGCAGUUCUCUGUUGAUGUACUGCUGCAACUGCUUUUGAAUGAUCGUCAGCAAAAUUUACUUGUGUGUAAUAUUAAUGAUACUGUUUGAUAAUUUCUGCAUUCUGUUGGAUCACCUUCUUUGGAAUAGGCACAAAUAUGGAUCUCUUUUCCAGUCAUUUAGCCAGGUAGCUGUCUUCCAAGUUUCUUGGAAGAUAUCCAUUUGUUGAAUCAUCUCAGUUGGUAUUCCAUCAAUUCCUGGAAUGUUGUUUUUCACCAGUGCCUUCAGUGCAGCUUGGACCUCUCCCUUCAGUACCAUCAGUUCUUGAUCAUAUGCUACCUCCUGAAAUAAUUGAAUGUCAAUCUAUUCUUUUUGGUACAGUGACUGUCUGUAUGCCUUCCACCUUCUUUUGAUGCUCCUGCAGCAUUAAUAUUUUUCCUGUAGAAUCCUUCAAUAUUGCAACUCAAGGCUUGAAUUUUUUCUUCAGUUCUUUCAUCUUGAGAAAUGCCAAGCAUGUUUAUCUUAGGCUGAGUUCUCUAGAGAAACAAAACCAGUAAAACAUAUAAAUAUGCAAAGAGAUAGAUUUAUACCAAGGAAAUGGCUCACGUGGUUGUAGAGGCUGGGAUGUCCCAAGUCUGUCAGUCAGGAAAGAGGCAUCUUGUGAUUCACAUAGCUGUAGGGGCUGGUGGACCCAAGAUCGGUAGGUCAGAGAGCAGGGCUCUUGCUCACAGACUGAAAAGAUGGACAAAUCCCACAGGUAAGCUGCUAGCUCAAUAGUGAGUGGUGCCACUCCCAUUUCCACCCUUUGAUUCCUGGACCUAUGAAUCAUGGCUGUGGGAGAAGCACCACCAUGUAUUGGACAAUGGUUUAGAGCAUAUACAGCCUCCUGGAGAGCAUUGCCCCAACCCUGCAAGGUAUUGCCACCUAGCUGGCACCGUAAUCGUGUCUUUAGGAGGCCAUUCCAUUGUUCUAUCAAAGCAGCCGCUUCAGGAUGAUGGGGAACAUGGUAAAACCAGUGAAUUCCGUAAGCAUGGACACAUUGCCAUACCUCAUUUGCUGUGAAGUGAGUCACUUGAUCUGAGGCGAUGCUAUGUGGGAUACCAUGACGGUGAAUAAGGCAUUCUGUAAAUCCACAGAUGGUAAUUUUGGCAGAAGCAAGCAGGGAAGGCAAAUCCAUAUCCAGAGUGUCUAUUCUAGUAAGAGCGAAGUGCUGCCCUUUCCAUAUCCAGUACAAUCAACUUGCCACCAGGUUGCUGGCUGAUCACCUCGAGGGAUGGUGCCAUAUCUGGGACUCAGUGUUGGUCUUUGCUGCUGGCAGAGUGGGCACUCAGCAGUGGCUGUAGCCAAGUCAGCCUUGGAGUGGAAGUCCAUGUUGCUGAGCCCAUGUAUAACCACCAUUCCUGCGACCAUGGCCACUUUGUUCACGAGCCCAUUGAGCAAUGACAGGAGUUGCUAUGAAAAGAGGAUGACUGGUUUUCACAGAAUGUCUUCCUAUCCAUUUGAUUGUAAAAUCCUCCUCUGCUGAGGUCAUCCUUUGGUGAGCAUUCACAUGAGACACAAAUAUCUCCACUUCAGAGAGGUCUAUCCACAUACCUCCUUGUCUCCAAUUUUCCAAUCGUGUUCCCUUCAUCCAGCCAAACCAUUGGCUAUAGCCCAUGAAUCAGUAUACAGUUGCACAUCUGGCCGUUUAUCCUUCCAAGCAAAGUGAGCAACCAGGUACACUGCUCGAAGUUUUGCCCAUUGGAAGGAUUUCCUUUCUUCACUGUCUUUCAGGGAAGUCCUAGAAAGGGGCUAUAGUGCUGCUGCUGUCCACUUUCGACUGGUGCCUGCAUAUCGCACAGAACCAUCCGUAAACCAGGCACCAGUUUUCCUCAGUCAACUGAUCAUAAGGAACUCCCCAUGAGGCCAUAGGUGCUGACUGGGAGAUGGAAGGUAAUGUGACAGAAGUGGAUACCAUGGGCAUUUGAGCCACUUCCUCAUGCAGCUUACUUGUGCCUUCAGGUCCUGCUCGAGCCUGAUCUCGUAUAUACCACUUCCAUUUAAUGAGGGAGUGCUGCUGUGCACGUCCAACUUUAUGACUCUGGGUCAGACAACAACCAGUUCAUGAUGGGCAGUUCAGGCCGCAUGGUGAUUUGGUGUCCCAUAGUUAAGUGUUCAGUCUCUACUAAGGCCCAGUAACAAGCCAGUAGGAGAGUAGUUAUCUGCAGAGGAUGGCAGGGCUUUGCUCCAAAAUCCUAAGGGUCUACACUGUGAUUCACCAAUAGAGGCCUGCCAAAGACUCCAAACAGCAUUUCUAUCUGCCAGGGACACUUCAAGCACCACUGGAUCAGCUGGAUCAUAUGGCCCAAGUGGCAGAGCAGCUUGCACAGCAGCCUGAACCUGUUGCAGAGCCUUCUCUUGUCCUGGGCCCCAUUCAAAACUAGCAGCUUUUCAAGUCACUUAAUAAAUAGGCUGAAGUAGCACACCCAGAUGAGAAAUAUGUUGCCUCUAAAACUUUUUUUAAAAUCCAAAGAGGCCCUCUAGGUGUUGUGCUUCCUUUUUAGUUGUGGGAGGAGCUGGAAGGAAUAAUUUAUCCUUCACUUAAGAAGGAAUAUCUCAACAUGCCCCAAACCACUGGACCCCUAGAAAUUCCACUGAGGUGGAAGGCACCUGAAUUUUUGUAGGAUUAAUUUCCCGCCCUCUGGCACACAAAUGUUUUACCAGUAAGUGCAGAGUCACUGACACUUCUUCCUUACUAGGUCCAAUCAGCGCACAAUCUCAACCAUGUUCUUCCCUUUUGGUUUUCUUUCUCUAGAUCUUUGCACCAAAAACCCAAAAACCAAACCCAGUGCCGUCUAGUAGCUUCUGACUCAUAGCGACCCUAUAGGACAGAGUAGAACUGUCCCAUAGAGUUUCCAAGGAGUGCCUGGUGGAUUCGAACUGCCGACCCUUUGGUUAGCAGCCAUAGCACUUAACCACUACGCCACCAGGGUUUCUGUCGUUAUAAUACUUUAGUUUGUCUUCUCGAACCACCCUUCGAAAUCUGUUCAGUUCUUUUAUUUCAUCAUUUCUUCCUUUCACUUUAGGUUCUCUACGUUCAAGGGCAAGUUUAAGAGUCUUCUGAUAUCAAUUUUGGUCUUUUUUUUUCUUGUCUUUUUAACGACCUCUGGCUUUCUUCACAUAUGAUCUCUUUGAUAUCAUUCCACAACUCAUCUAGUCUUCUUUCAUUAGUGUUCAACGCAUCACAUCUAUUCUUGAGAUGGACUCUAAAUUCAGGUGGGAUAUACUCAAGGUUGUACUUUCGCUCUUGUGGACUUGGUCUAAUUUUCUUGAACUUCAGUUUGAGCUUGCAUGUGAGCAAUUGAUCUGUUCCAUGCUAGGUCCCUAGCCUUGUUCUGACUGAUGAUAUUGACCUUUUCCAUCAUCUCUUUCCACAGAUAUAGUUGACUUGAUUCCUGUGUAUUCCAUCUGGUAAGAUCCACGUGUAUAGUCACUGUUUAUAUUGUUGAAAAAAGGUAUUUGUAAUGAAGAAGUCGUCGGUCUCACAAAAUUCUAUCAUGCAAUCUCCGGUGUUGUUUCUAUCACUAAGGCCAUAUUUUCCAACUACCAAUUCUUUGUUUUCAACUUUCGCAUUCCAACCACCAGUAAUUAUCAACGUCUUGAUUCCAUGUUUAAUCAGUUUCAGACUGCACAAGUUGGUAAAAAUCUCCAGUUUCUUCAUCUUUGCCUUUAGUGGUUGGUGCAUAAAUUUCAAUAAUAGUUCUAUCAACUGGGCUUCCCUGUAGGUGUAUGGAUAUUAUCCUGUCACGGUCAGUGUUGUAUUUCAGGAUAGAUAUAGAAAUGUUCUUUUUGAUGAUGAGUGCAACACUAUUCCUCUUCCAUUUGUCAUUCCCUGCAUAGUAGACUAUAUGAUUAUCUGAUUCAACAUGGCCAAUAGUAGUCCAUUUGAGUUCACUAGUGCUGAAGAUAUCAAUCUUUAGGCAUUCCGUUUCAUUUUUGAUGACUUCCAAUUUUCCUAGAUUCAUAUCUUGUACAUUCCACACUCAGUUAUUAAUGGAUGUUUGUAGCUGUUUCUUCUCAUUUUGAGUCAUGCCACAUAAGCAGUUAAAGGUCCUGAAAGCUUGACUCCAUCCACAUCAUUAAGGUCUACUCUACUUUGAAGAGGCAGCCCUUUCCCAGUCACAUUUUGAGUGUCUUCCAACCUGAGAGGCUCAUCUUUCAGCACUCUUAUCAGACAGUGUUUCACUGCUAUUCAUAAGGUUUUUACUGGCCAGUAUUUUCAAGAGUAAACUGCCAGGUCAUUCUCCCUAGUCUGUCUUAGUCUGGAAGCUCUGCUGAAACCUGUCCACCAAGGGUGACCCUGCUGAUGUUUGAAAUACUAGCGGAAAACCUUCCAGGAUCACAGCAACACGCAAGCCACCACAAUACGACAAACAGACAUGUGGUGGUAAUAUACAAAUAGGAAAUCAACAUUAUCACUUCCUUGGGAUGUAUGCAUUCAUGAAUAAAAACUAAACCCAUUGCCAUUAAGUCGAUUCCAACUCAUAGCGACCCUAUAGGACAGGGUAGAACUCCCUCAUAGAGUUUUCAAUGGUGUAAAUCUUGAUGGAAGCUGAAUGACUGCCACAUCUUUCUCCUGC